CGCCCCGAAACUCUCCGCUCUUCACGAACCGACUCCAAAAUGGCCGUCAAACCGAUUUCCGGCAUGCUCCGCCGAACCAUCGUGCUCGAUCUCUCCGUCGCCAUGGGUCUUGGUCUAGCCACCGGAUACGGCUGGUGGUACGGUUACCAUGUCCCCGCCGUUCGUCACCGUGACGCUUUCUACCAGAAGCUCGAGGACGACCGUGCCGCUGCUCUCGGCCAGAAAUAAACAACGAUACCUCGCAAAGCAAUGUUUCCUUUGUUUCCAGAAGGCAUGAGAGUAUAGAUUUGGCCCGGGCUGGGGAUCAAGUGUAUCAUAGUGGGGCGGAUCCUUCGACAGCAAGUCACAUCAAAGUCAGCCAAGUUCGGAUUGCCUCGUCCUAUGCUCACGGUGCUAUUGCAAAGCAUUUCCUACAUUUCGUGCAAUUUCUUCUCAGCUUCCUCACUUCAAUACCCUUAUCCUGCUUCAAAACACCCAUAAUUCUCCCCACCCUCUUCGCCAAUUUCUUCCCCAUAUAACGCAAUCCAACAGUCUCUUUGAUCUGGUAGUGGUGUUCUUUUCCUUACUCCCUCCCCUGCAAGCAGUGUCAUCUUCC